CCUCCCCCGGCGUCAUGAAGGCGACCCCGGCUCUGCAGGUGCUGGGCUUGCUGCUCAGCCUGGCCCGGGGCUCCGAGGUGGGCACCUCGCAGGCAGUGUGUCCCGGGACCCUGAACGGGCUGAGCGUGACUGGCGACGCGGAGAAUCAGUACCAGACGCUGUACAAGCUCUACGAUCGCUGUGAGGUGGUGAUGGGCAACCUGGAGAUCGUGCUCACUGGACACAACGCUGACCUCUCCUUCCUGCAGUGGAUCCGAGAGGUGACCGGCUAUGUCCUGGUGGCCAUGAACGAGUUCUCUACUCUGCCGCUGCCCAACCUUCGCGUGGUGCGGGGGACCCAGGUCUACGACGGGAAGUUCGCCAUCUUUGUCAUGCUCAACUACAACACCAACUCCAGCCACGCCCUGCGCCAGCUGCGCUUCACCCACCUCACCGAGAUUCUUUCCGGGGGUGUUUACAUUGAGAAGAACGAGAAGCUCUGUCACAUGGACACCAUUGACUGGAGCGACAUCGUGCGGGACCGGGAGGCGGCCAUCGUGGUGAAGGACAACGGCAGGAGCUGUCCCCCUUGUCACGAGGACUGCAGGGGGCGGUGCUGGGGCCCCGGACCGGACGACUGCCAGAUACUGACCAAGACCAUCUGUGCCCCUCAGUGUAACGGCCACUGUUUCGGGCCCCUGCCCAACCAGUGCUGUCACGACGAGUGCGCGGGGGGCUGUUCCGGCCCUCAGGACACAGACUGCUUCGCCUGUCGGCUCUUCAACGACAGUGGAGCCUGUGUGCGCCAGUGCCCACAGCCCCUGGUCUACAACAAGCUGACCUUCCAGCUGGAGCCCAACCCCCACACCAAGUACCAGUAUGGAGGAGUCUGUGUGGCCAGUUGUCCCCAUAACUUCGUGGUGGAUCAGACCUCGUGUGUCCGGGCCUGUCCUCCUGACAAGAUGGAAGUAGAUAAAAACGGACUCAAGAUAUGUGAACCUUGUGGGGGGCUUUGCCCCAAAGCCUGCGAGGGGACCGGAGCCGGGAGCCGCUACCAGACGGUGGACUCCAGCAACAUUGAUGGAUUUGUGAACUGCACCAAGAUCCUGGGCAACCUGGACUUUCUUAUCACCGGCCUCAACGGAGAUCCCUGGCACAAGAUCCCUGCCUUGGACCCCGAGAAGCUCAAUAUCUUCCAGACAGUUCAGGAGAUCACAGGUUACCUGAACAUCCAGUCCUGGCCUCCUCACAUGCACAACUUCAGUGUCUUUUCCAACCUGACGACCAUUGGGGGCAGAAGUCUGUACAACCGGGGCUUCUCGUUGUUGAUCAUGAAGAACUUGAACAUAACAUCUCUAGGCCUCCGCUCCUUGAAAGAAAUCAGUGCUGGGCGUAUUUACAUAAGUGCCAAUUCGCAACUGUGCUACCACCAUUCUCUGAACUGGACCAAGCUGCUUCGGGGGCCUGCGGAGGAGAGGCUGGAGAUCAAGGACAAUCGGGCCCGCGAAGCUUGCGUGGCAGAGGGCAAGGUGUGUGACCCCCUGUGCUCCUCGGGGGGGUGCUGGGGCCCUGGCCCUGGCCAGUGCCUGUCCUGUCGGAACUACAGCCGAGGCGGUGUCUGCGUGACCCACUGCAACUUUCUGAAUGGGGAGCCUCGUGAGUUUGCCCACAAAGCGGAAUGCUUUUCCUGCCACCCGGAAUGCCAGCCCAUGGAGGGCACGGCCACCUGCAACGGCUCGGGCUCUGAUGCUUGUGCCCAGUGUGCCCACUUCCGAGAUGGACCCCACUGUGUGAGCAGUUGCCCCAAUGGAGUCCUGGGUGCCAAGGGCCCCAUCUACAAGUACCCAGACGCUCAAAACGAGUGUUGGCCCUGUCACGAGAACUGCACGCAGGGGUGUAAAGGACCAGACCUGCAGGACUGUUCAGGCCAAACACCUGUGCUGAUCAGCAAAACCCACCUAGCAAUGGCUUUAACCGUGGUCGGAGGCUUGGCCGUGAUUUUCCUCAUCCUGGGCGUCACUUUUCUGUACUGGCGUGGGCGCCGGAUUCAGAACAAAAGGGCGAUGAGACGCUACCUGGAGAGGGGUGAGAGCAUCGAACCUCUGGACCCCAGUGAGAAAGCCAACAAAGUCUUGGCCAGAAUCUUCAAAGAGACGGAGCUGCGGAAGCUUAAAGUUCUGGGUUCGGGCGUCUUUGGAACUGUGCACAAAGGAGUGUGGAUCCCCGAGGGUGAAUCCAUCAAGAUUCCAGUCUGCAUUAAAGUCAUCGAGGACAAGAGUGGACGGCAAAGCUUCCAAGCGGUCACAGAUCAUAUGCUGGCCAUCGGCAGCCUGGACCAUGCCCAUAUCGUACGGCUGCUGGGGCUGUGCCCGGGGUCAUCUCUGCAGCUGGUCACUCAGUACCUGCCUCUGGGCUCCCUGCUGGAUCAUGUGAGGCAACAGCGGGGGGCACUGGGCCCACAACUGCUGCUCAACUGGGGAGUACAGAUUGCCAAGGGCAUGUACUAUCUUGAGGAGCACGGCAUGGUGCACAGGAACCUGGCUGCCCGAAAUGUGCUGCUCAAGUCGCCCAGUCAGGUCCAGGUGGCAGAUUUCGGGGUGGCUGACCUGCUGCCCCCCGAUGAUAAGCAGCUACUGCACAGUGAGGCCAAGACUCCAAUUAAGUGGAUGGCCCUUGAGAGUAUCCACUUUGGGAAGUACACGCACCAGAGUGACGUCUGGAGCUACGGUGUCACGGUCUGGGAGCUGAUGACCUUCGGGGCAGAGCCCUACGCAGGACUGCGGCUGGCUGAAGUGCCAGACCUGCUGGAGAAGGGGGAGAGGCUGUCCCAGCCCCAGAUCUGUACCAUUGAUGUCUACAUGGUCAUGGUCAAGUGUUGGAUGAUCGACGAGAACAUUCGCCCCACCUUUAAAGAACUCGCCAAUGAGUUCACCAGGAUGGCCCGGGAUCCGCCGAGGUAUUUGGUCAUAAAGAGAGAGAGUGGGCCUGGAAUCCCCCCUGGGGCAGAGGCCCCUGCCCUGACCGACAAGGAACUGGAGGAAGUAGAGCUGGAGCCAGAAUUAGACCUAGACCUGGAGUUGGAGGCGGAGGAAGACAGCCUGGCGGAGGCACCAGGCUCUGCGCGAGGCCAGCCCGGCGGGACGCUGACUCGGCAGCGCGGGAACCAGAACCUUCUAAGUCCGUCGUCUGGUUAUAUGCCUAUGAACCAGGGUAAUCUUGGGGAGGCCUGCCAGGAGCCUGUGGUUUGUGGGAGCAGUGAACGGUGCCCCCGCCCAGCCUCUCUGCACCCGAUGCCUCGGGGCCGCCUGACAUCAGAGUCGUCAGAGAGCCAUGUGACCGGCUCCGAGGCCGAGCUGCAGGACAAAGUGUCCAUGUGUCGAAGUCGGAGCCGCAGCCCACGGCCACGUGGAGACAGCGCCUACCACUCCCAGCGCCACAGCCUGCUCAGCCCUGUCACCACACUGGCCCCAUCCGGGCUGGAGGAAGAGGACGUCAAUGGCUAUGUCAUGCCAGAUGCACACCUCAAAGGAACCCCUUCCUCGCGGGAAGGCACCCUGUCUUCAGUGGGCCUCAGUUCUGUCCUGGGUACUGAAGAAGAAGAUGAAGAUGAGGAGUAUGAAUACAUGAACCGGAGAAGGCACAGUCUACCUCGUCACCCUAGGCCAGGCUCCCUCGAGGAACUGGGCUACGAGUACAUGGAUGUGGGAUCAGACCUCAGUGCUUCUCUGGGCAGCACGCAGAGUUGCCCGCUCCACCCGGUGCCCCUCCUGCCCAGCGCGGGCACCACUCCAGACGAGGACUAUGAGUAUAUGAAUCGGCGACGUGGCGGAGGAAGUGCGGGGGGAGAUUACGCAGCCAUGGGGGCCUCCCCCGCAUCUGAGCAAGGGUAUGAGGAGAUGAGAGCCUUCCAGGGGCCUGGACACCACGCCCCCCAUGUCCAUUACGCCCGCCUCAAAACUCUGCGUAGUUUAGAAGCAACUGACUCUGCCUUUGAUAACCCCGAUUACUGGCAUAGCAGGCUUUUCCCCAAGGCUAAUGCCCAAAGAACAUAACCCCUGCUCCCUGACGCACUCAGGGAACAUUUAAUGGCAGCUAGUGCCUCUAGAGGGUACCCCUCUUCUCCCUAGCCCCUCUCCCUCACAGGUCUUGGCUCCAUUUCCCUAGUCCUAGACAAUUGCAUCGACCUUUGGAGGCUUUUAACACUGACACAAAGUUUUUGUGAUAUGUAGCCAGCUGUGCACUUUCUUCUCUUUCCCAAUCCCGGGAAAGAAGAAGGUUUUUCCCUGUUUCGUGUGCUUUCCCAAUCCCGUUCCUCAGGCAAACUCCCUGGAGAUAUGAAGGAUUACUCCACGCCCCAUGCCCCUUUCUCUCAGGCUCUGACUUGUUGAGACUAGCCUCCAAAGUGUGCCUUUGUUUCUCAUCAGACACCUAAGGAAGAGGAAAGGGCUGAAGCCCAGCAGGGGAAAGUAAAAUUGUGGCUUAUGACUCUUAACCCUCUAGAAGGAAAUUUUGGCUUAAAGUUUUGUGGACCGAAGAGGUUAGGAGUAGGUAGUGAUGAUUACUGUUAAUGCAACACUGGGCAAAGCGUCAUACUAAACUUUACUGUGUUAUCUCAUGGAGUCCUCGCAAUUCUGCUAGGGAAGCCAUUCUGUGAGCUAGUUAUUAUCCCAUUUUUACAAAUAGGGAAACUGAGCCUUAAUGAGAUUAAGCAAAUGUAGAGGCAGGUCCAGUAUUCAUUAUCUUCCAAUAUAUGUGCUCUUACUGUAAAGUAUCAAGGAAAAGAAAGUUCUUUUAAGGGGCAUUUCUCGUUUUUUUUUUUGUUUUUUGUUUUUUGUUUUUUGCACUGAAACAAGUCUAAACCCAAAAACCACAGCCUCUUCCUAUAUCAGCUUUUCAUCUCAGGAACGAGGGUAGGAUAGUUAGAAGGAAAAACCUUUGGGUAUGUUCGUGUAAAUAAUGAUCUAAUUUGCUGUAAAGGAUCUUCACUUCUUAAUCAAGGGGCAGAUUCACAAUGUCCCAGGAGCCACAUUUAGGACCUCUUCUCAUCCAGUCGUUGGGAAGCUCUCAGUCGGGCUGGAAAGGGGUCCGCUCAGAGCUCUGUUCCCUUGGAUCGGGGAUCUGGGAUGUUAUCUGUAUCCCUUCAAUUUUUUGUUUUGUUUUUAUACGUGUCUGAAUAAAAAUGCCAAUUCUUUUAGCUUCCUGUCA